UCACUCUCUCUCUGCAACUACAAACUUCAAAACCCAUAUCUUUCAGUUUCCAUCGCCCGCUGUUCCAGUUCGGGUUCGCCGUUCGCAAGCUUCAGCCGCUGUCUCUCAACUCUCAAGCUUGCCCCACUCUCUCUCUCUCUCUGCAACUGCUAACUUGUAUGUAUGGGUUUUGUUUUAAUUUUUUUUUCUAAAUCAACUAAUCAAGCUCUGUAAUUCUUGUUUUGCAAACUAAAUCCGAUUUGGUGAAAAAAAUUAUGAUUUUUUUAUAUAUAUAAUUUUUAUUUUAUUUUAUGAAAGACUAAUUGGUAAGUUUGGGUUGAACUUGAGUCUUACCCACUCAUUUUCGUGGCCGCGCCUUUUCGUGACACGAGUGUCCACUAGUAGAAGGCCACGACACACAUGUUCCGGGGCCAAAUAAACGACAAGUCUCGUAUAUAUAUAGCAUAUACGGCAACGGAACAUGUAUCUUCGAAUGGCGAAUCUGAGAAGAGCUCUGUUGUCUUCCAUUCCCCGGAUCCUUAAUUCCACCGCCGUGUCUGGCCGGAGCUCCGUCACCACCUCUCCUCCGAUCAGUUGCCAGACUCUUUACAGGCCUUUUGGUGGUUCUCUCUCGCGAUUCUAUUCUUCUAAUCAAUCGCUAGAUAUGGAUCUUUCCAAUGAAGAAAGCAAAAGGCGCUUAUGUAACAGGCUGUUAUACAGGAGCAAACAAAGAGGGUUUUUGGAGCUGGACCUAGUUUUGGGGAAAUGGGUGGAGGAUCAUAUCCAUUCUAUGGAUGAAAAUGGAAUAAAGGCACUUGUUGAUGUGCUUGACCAGGAAAACCCAAAUCUCUGGAAGUGGUUAAGUGGCCAGGAGCAGCCCCCUGAUGCAUUAAGCAUGAAUCCUGUGUUCUCUGCAAUGCAUGAGAAGGUUAUGAAGAAUCUCAAUAGCCAUUCUGCUCCGGAGACACGGGCGACACCCGGGCAACCAUGGGUAAGAGGGUGGGAUGAUAUCAAGAGAAGCCGAGACAGCCCUAUUUCCGGAAACCAGUAACCAUACCAUACCAUUUCUUCCCAAAGUAGAAGGUGGUUUCAGAGAAUUGCCUUCUUUUGUACCGAGUAUAGAAUAAAUAUAAUGCAUUCAUGUGUAAAUUAUUGUUCUUUGCAUGAGUAAUGAUCAUAAUUUAAAUGAGUGUGAGUGACUAUGAAAUAAGGGAGAGUUUCCUCUAGAUCCAUAUAUUGCUAAUAUUAAAUUUGGCUUUAAUAUGAGCACUGUCGCAUAAAUACUUCAUGUCAGCAUUGUAUUUCUAUUGAUAUUAUUUCAUAUACUGUAUUGAAUUUGAUAUUUUGCAGAUAUUUCCAUUAAUCAGAAAAUAUCAACAUACCUUCCCAUUA